AGACUGGUAAUGAAGCUUUGUGCUGGUCAGUGAUGCCCCCUCCCAAGCUCCCUCGGCUCCGCCAGUGCGGCAGCCUGACUUCCCUAAGUCUACGAGUGCUGGAAAAGUCACUUCUUCGAGCCUUUUAUGUUUUGGGCAAGAAAGGAUACAAGAAUACACCUGAAGAUCUAUUAGUUGGUAGAAUUCAAAACGACGCCAUUACAAUGCUCUGUGAAAAAGAUAGUCUUCACCUUAUGGAAGAGAUGCGCUCAUACCUCUUCCCCAAACUUCCCAGUUGUUAUCGGCAACAACUGGUAGAUGAUAUUUUUACUGCAAUGGUUUCUCCAGAGUUUGAUGAAAAUACUUUGAUAACUGAUAUAGAGUUUAAAUUCAAAUCAUAUGAUGUAAUAGCAGGAACUAGUCAUAUGAAUCAGAUCAUUAAAAUUUAUUUAAAAUGUUUAUUGGUUGGCUAUGUAACAAGCUUAGACUGUGGUGAACUGUAUGCAAUGGAAAGCUGUUGGGUGGAUCGGGCUCGCACAAUUUUGCACACAUGGGGCAAAGUCAAGGGGGAUGGCUCUGAGUUUGUUAAAGGAAUAAAAUCAAAGAAAGUUAAUGUAACAGCAGUAGAGUCCAUGUGGAAGGACUUAAUAUUUGAGCACAGCCGGGAAGUAUGUCAGGGUUUGGUUGCAUCUGCUUCUUACUUCCACCAACUGGUCCAUAUCAAUGUUGACCAUGUUUCAACAGGGAAGCUGAUCUGGACAAUAGGAUGUAAUUGUCCACUUCUAGAGCAUUUAAGUUUGUAUGUGGACACAACAGAUAGAAGUAAAUAUAAUGUACAUUUUGAAGCUGACUUAAUUAGUAGUUUAAGCUCUUUAUAUAGUCAUAAGAAAUAUACACCAUCCUCCUACCGUGGAAGGCCAGUUGGAUGCCCUAAAAUGCAGACAAUGGUUAUGCCUUCAGUAACAAUGCAGAGAAUUUUAGAGAAAUGCACAGCCAAGCUCUUGUGUUAUUUACCUCGUCUAAAAGAGGUGAUUAAUGUAUGUACAACAGGAACAUUUCAGGCACUGCUUGAAGAAAAAGACUACAAGCAGAAACCUCUCAAGCUCAUUAAUAUUGAUGAAUCCCGUGCAAGAGACAUUGGCUUAGAAGAUGUCUGUGAUGAUUUAAAGCGUGUCUUCCCAAAGGUGACGAGUGCUAAAAUAAUGCAAAGGAAGCAGCGAGAAGGCCUCAGAAUAUUAUCCAAUUUUCCUGGACUAAAGAACCUUGAAAUAGUAACACCAGAUGAUACUGAAAUUGAACUUGGGACCAAUUUUACCCAAAUAACACAUUUCAAGAGUAACUGCAAGUGGGAUGUUACAAAACUGGCAGCAUUCUCUCAACAAGCACCCAACCUAGGUAUUUUGUUUCUCCUCUCGGGUUCCCUCCAUAGGCACAAGAAAUCACGGGAUUUUAUCUCUUUCCCAGCUUUGAGGUGUAUCAAGUUACAAGAGAUGACUCACAUAGACCCUGAACCAUUUACAGCAUUGAUCCGGGGUACCCAUGUUCUCACUCACAUAUUAUUAGAAGAUAAGGAAAUUUUUUUAAAUGAUUUCACGGUUAGUGUGAUCAAAAUCCUCAAUGAUACAGUUGUUACUGCCAUUAUAUCUUCACUUAGAAGACUGGUUGUUUUCCAGGCAUGUGUGAAAGAGUUUCGUGGCAACUUUCACUAUUCCAUGACCAUGAAGAGUGUCGACUGCUUUCUUAAAAACUGCCCAAAGUUGGAAGUGAUUGGUAAUUUAUUCCACUGGGACAUUCCAUACAAAGACAUAUUGAAACUAAAGAAAAAGGCAAAGGAAAAUAAUUGGAAUGUUAAUUUGCAAUCUGUAGAUAACAUGUUAUAUACUGACAUGUGAACAAUGAAAAGUUUUACAGUAUAUUGGUUUACCAGAAGAGUAGUGUUUUUAAAGCCUUAUUAAUACAGUAACUCUUUGAUUUACACAAAUUUUGCUACAAAACAAUUUGACAAUAUAUGAACAAUUCACUUUAUAUGAUUUUUGUUUUUGUUUUAACGUGAUCACCAUGGUUGAGAACUGGUCUCUGAGAAGCCAGCUGCAACAUGCCACACAGGAUAUCCCUCGAUGGGCAACAUUCAUUCUCUCAGACCAUGCAAUUCUCAUCUUGUUUGUUUAUCAAAGUGAUAUGUUUAUCCUGAUAAAUCUGCAUUAUCCCUUAAUAAUCAUGAGUAAAAACAAAAGCUAGAGAGAGCAGUGCCUUUACACAAAAAGUGUUUCUGAAAGUUUUUGAAAGAUCUGUAAAUAGUGAAUGUCUGAAAGAUACUCUACUAGCACUAAGCCUUAUUGAAGCAAUGUAUAGAACUGUUUGUGCUAAUGCUGACAAAAUAAAAGCUAGCUUUAAGAGUGUUACUCCAUUAAGUCCACUGAAGAUUAGUUGUUCAACCUCUCUGAAUACAGAACCAAUGGAAAAGCUGUUGAACACAUGGAUUGAACACAAACGUCUUGUUAAGUUUACAAGUGAUACAGAUGAAAGCCAAUUUUGUUUUAAUAACAUUUUCUUUAAUAAAAGGCAAUAAACGUU